AUGUCUGACGCCACAAACGGGCAGAGCAGCGGCGAGACGCCCAAAUUGGACGGAUCAGCGGGAGAGCGCAACGCGCGCGGGUCGUUGGAGCUCGACCGGGAGCGAACCGAUGCCGCACCCUCACCGCGCGUCAACAUCUACAAUGGGCUCGCGACGCCGCCCGGUUCCAGCGCCGCGAGCGACUACACGGAGGACGACAGCUUCAGCCGCGAGGUCCCCCCGGAGGCGGACGUGAUGGCCAAGCGCAACCUCUCACGGCAACUGAGCAGCCUCGUGCCGGGACGCAAGCCGUCCGCGAUCGGGCCGCUCACGUCCAUGGUGUCGCGCCAGUCCAUGAUGAGGCCCCAGGUCACGCGCGGCCCGUCCAAGCUCGCGAGGAUGACCAGCGCCGCCCACCAGCCCAGCCGCCGCGACGCGGGCGCGCGGUCCUCCUUGGACGACCCGCUGCUCGCACACCGCGCCAACAAGGCCGGGGACUACGCCAGAGAGUACAGGAAGAUGCUGGCCGCCAAGGGCCCGUCGAUGCGCAACCUCGCGCGGCAGUCGGUGGCGGGGGCGCGCGUGUCCGUCGCGGGCGGCAACCGCAACUCGGUUGACUCCGGCGCGGACAUUUACGACGUCGAGAUGAUGGAGAAGAACUACGAGGAGCACGGGGGGCUGUCCGAGGGGACGAGGAACUUCAUGCUCAAGGCGUUUGGGGAGCCGACGAACUACGGGGCGCGGUUCCAGCACGUGGCGCUGCGGGGGGCGGGGGAGUCGAAGUUCGUCAUCCACCCGAUGUCCGCGGGCCGGCGGUACUGGGACGUGCUGAUCAUGCUGAUCACGGUGUUCAACGUCAUCGUCGUGCCCGCGCGGCUGGCGCUGUUCUGGGCGCGCGAGGACGACCGUUCGCUGAACGCGUGGAGCGUGGUGGACAUCUGCAUGGACCUCAUGUUCCUGUUCGACAUCGCGCUCAACUUCAACACGGGCAUCAUCUACGAGUCGGACCAGGUGGUCGUGAUGGACCGGCGGGUCAUCGCGACGUCGUACGUCCGCUCGUGGUUCUUCCUGGACCUGGUGUCGUCCGUCCCGCUCGACCUCAUCCUCGUCGGGGAGGGCGGAGGCGCCGGCCGCCUCAACAAGAUCCCCAAAGUCUUCAAGAUCCUGCGACUCUCCAAGCUGCUCCGGCUCAUGCGCGUCACCAAGAUCCUCCGGUACCUGCAACGCUUCGACAUCUUCGCCGGGAUGUCGAGCUUCAUGACGCGCGUCAUCAAGCUCAUGGCGGGCGUGCUCAUCUUCGCGCACUGGAACGCGUGCAUGCAGUUCCUGCUCGCAGCCGUCAACGACUUCCCCUACAACUCGUGGGUGGUCCGGGAGGGCCUGGAGUUCUCCUCGCCGAUGCGCCAGUACUCGACGGCCCUGUUCCAGGCGUUCUCGCACAUGCUGUGCAUCGGCUACGGCCCCAACCCCCCAGAGCCGCACUACGAGGUGUGGGUAGUCAUCAUCUCCAUGGUGUGCGGCGCCGUCCUCUUCGUCAUCCUCGUCGGUAUCAUCACCAGUGUCCUCGUCCAGGCCGACUACGUCGACGGCCUGUACCGCAACCAGCAGGCCGUCCUCAGCCAGUACAUGUCGAUGCGGUCCAUCCCCGGCGAGCUCCGCAACCGCAUCCUCGAGAACCACGAGUUCCGGUGGCGCACCGGGAAGUUCAUGCAGGAGAAGGAGAUGCUGGCGCUGAUCCCGGCGUGCCUGCGGACGGAGGUGGCGCUGCACAACUCGCGCGACCUGCUGGACUCGGUGCCGUUCCUCCAGGAGGCGGACGAGGGUUUCCUGGCGUCGCUCGUGGUUCGGUUCGAGCCGGAGGUGUACGUCCCCGGGGACAUGAUCAUCCGGCAGGGGGAGAUCGCGAACGAGAUGUACUUCAUCAAGUCCGGGCGGGUGCAGGUCGAGUCCGAGGGGCACCCCAUCACCGUGCUCUCCGACGGGUCCUACUUCGGCGAGAUCGGCAUCCUGCGCAAGGCCAUCCGCACCGCCGACGUCAGGGCCCUCACGCCCGUCGAGGUCUUCACGCUCAAGCGCGAGGACUUCUACGAGAUCCUCGAACGCUUCCCGGACUCGGAUCGGGCGCUCAGAGUCAUCGCUGACCACCGUCAGAAGAUGUUCAAGAAGUACAAGGGGCGCGACCCGGGCGCCGCUGCUCGGGGCCGCCCGGAACCGGCGGAGCAAGCGGGCGGCAUGAUGGUCCCCCCGGCGAUCCAGGAAGGCGUCGAGGCCGCGGCGGGCGACAGCGGGCCGCACCAGGAGAAAGAGAAGGUCAGGCGGACGUCGAAGCAGCUGGCCAAGGUCGAGACGGAGCAGAAGCAGCGCAAGCAGGGCGCCGAGUGGGGCACGCUGGUGCUGUCGCAGCUGCAGGAGAUGGAGAAGCUGUUCGCCACGCCGGAGAAUGUCGCGGCGAGCGACGUGGCGCAGCGGCCGUCCGACAGCGACGUGCCAUCGCUCGGGCACGGGUUGUCCAGGCACUCGAUGCUCGUCGGGAACGACUCGAUGGUGGGCGAGUCCGGGAUCAACAGCGCACAGCUGCACGUGAUCAUAUCAGAGCUCAAGCGCAAGGUCGUCGAGCUGAGCAAGUGGGAGAAGCGCAUCGUGGACCGCGAGCACACUCUCUGA